UGGCUCGCAAGGUGUGCUCUAUACUUCGCCACUCACAUUCACGAUGGCACUUAUUUUAGUAAUUGUGUCCCUUUGUUUCGGAAUUGCUGUCGCUGAUGUUAAACUUCCAGUACCACUAGCAUACCGUCCACAUGUGCCUUCCACUCCGCAGGAUAACUAUUGUAGUCCAUUACGAGCCCCUGCCUGUGUUGAUACGAGAUUCGGUUUUUGCAUAAGUGACAACGAUUAUCCAGCAGAUCACGUUCAGGCGGCCGUUGAGUAUUCUGAUUUAGCCAAGAAAUUCAGUUAUAAAACAGUUCCAAGAGAAGAGAGCGUCCGUCGUCCCGUCAGGUUAAGCAAAGAGAAUAGUUGCAUAUCGACUAAUCUUUUGCUGAAACCGAUCCGAAUGCCCAAUCUGAAUGGACACUGGCGUGUCAUUGUUCAAGAUACAAAGGGAAUUAUUCAGCGUGAACGAAUCAUCGCCUGUUCCCGACCGGGAGAUUAUUGUCACGUUGCAGAACAUCCGUUUGGCGGAUGUCACGAAAGCCGUUGUAGUCAGAAGUUUGUUGUUGGGGAGCUUUUAGCUUACGAUCCAUGCGCUCCUUCUCGUGGAGUCUUUGUUGAUUCGUUUAAAAUGCAGUCAGCCUGUAAUUGCCUACUAUCCCGAUCCAAAUGUUGAAUAAAAUUUUAAUAGCCUAAA